UCAUGAAACAUGGCAUUAUAAGUCAUCUCAUGAUAGAACCAUUGAAUCACCUCAUAGCUCUUGGCUUAUUUUUGAUGAAAGGCACAGCAUCAAUCAUUGAUAUGCCAUGGAAUGACGACGAAACGGUCAAACUCUUGUACAGUAUAGCAGUCGAACAUUAUGAAGGCGUUACUGGAAAUAUACCACACCUUAUCGAUAUACUACAACAAGUACUGAACGAAAAAGACUAUGAAUGCGAUAAUAUGCUGAAACUUCUCGACAAUUGUGCAUCACAGGAAGUACUGACGCAGACCAUCAAAAGUACUAAGUCCAGGAACCAGAUUUUGAAACGGAAAUACAGUGAUAUCAAUCCCACGACUUCAACUUCCUCAUCCAAUAGAGAUAGUAAUCCGGAAAUAUUGUCAGAUGCUACUACAAGGUUUAUACAGAGCAUAGAAUUUGUUGACAAUUUCAAAAAGCAAGGAUAGCACUGGGUAAAAAGCGAAUGGAUUGGGUUUUGUGUUAAUUUGAGGGAUGAUUGGGCUAGAUCUGAUAUUGGGAACACCCGCCAUAAUAAAGAUACCGAAAACUAAAGCCCCAUCUCAUACAAUUAUUGGUGCUAUAUACGCAUCUAGUGUCAUUCAUGUAACAAUAAAGAAGCCACACUCCCCAAGAAAAGAGAAGCUUCAAAUCAAAGAGAUGGCGGCCACACAAAAAAAAGAAAAGUGAACAAAGGUAAAAAGCGAGCUGCAAAUUAGUUUAUUAUAGAGGAACCAGUAAUAGAGUGCGUUGAUAUUAAUGAGGAUAAUGCCCAAGAUAAUAUCACACCUGCAUCAAAGGUACAACAACUGUGCACUUUAUCAAAUUCAUUAAUGGUCUGCUUGAUGUCAUGGAUCU